GCGAGUCGGAAAAAAAAAACAAAAAUGGCGGAAGGUGGAGCGCGGUUCCGGCGUGAGGAUGUCAGUUGAGGCCGUCAGAGGGAUAUGGUUGUGGACAUGCUGACUUCUCUCCAAGAGCGAAUACCUCCACUAGUGGAGGAGGAAGAGCAGGAGGAGGAGGAAGGACGGAGUUCCCCCGUUGCCGUUUCUGCCGACCACCAUAGUGACCGUCAUCCUCGAGCCGCUCAUCGCGCUCCUGCUGUUCAUCGCUCUGAAGAUCCGGGCAGCGCAUCAGCAAGCAGACGUUUGAAGACGGUCAGGAUGAAGCGCGGCGACGGAGCCGAUGCUUCAGAACAGCAGCGAGUGAACUCAUCAGAAAGAGACCGCAUGGAAAGCCACGAAGCCAGAGAUGAAAGUCGAUUAGGAGAGACUGAAGAUAAAACCACAAGGUCGUGUAAACGCAAGCUGGACCUAACGACGUUAUCUUCAGGAUCUCACGCCGCGACUAAAGCCCAGGAUCUCGAGAAAAAAGAUCCCGAAAGCCCCCCACCGGCAAAGAGAUGGGUGAUCGGCCCCCUUUUCCAGUCAUUCAAGUCCAAAAUGGCGAGCUUCACGGAGAUCGUCAUGAGUCCCGUGCGGCUUUUCAAAUCCAGCGAGAUUCCGACCGGGUCGAAGGACGAAGCUCCGCCCGAGGCUCGCGAGGAAAAGGAGGACGCAGGAACGGACGACGCGUUUUCAAAAGAAGAGCAGAAGGUUACGCCUGUGCCGAAAUUGCAGGUGGUCCAGAGACUGCGGUUCGACACCAAUUCGAGUAACGCGAGCGAUUCGGAGCAGAAUAAAGCGACUGUUUCGCAGAACAGAUCAGAACACGACCGAGACUCAAUCGCAGAGGACGAUGGGUCUUUCGGGGCGAUAAAUUCCGCAACCGCCAAAAGAUCAAACAAUCAGGUGGGCGCUUCCAAUGUUCACGGGGGCAACACCGAAGAAGAACAGAACAGUGAAUUUACGAAUCCACCUGUACACCCACGCACAAUGCGGGAAGGGAACGUGUUGGAGGAUUUAACAAAGCACGCACGACAGUCAAGAAGGAGUAAACACCAAGAUCAACAUCAAGAUCGGCCCCUGAGCAAAAGGUCGAGGCUUCCGACUCCUGCCGUUGGAAAGAGGAAGAAGGGCAGAGCGCUGGAAAGACGUGAAGUAGAGGAAAAAGAUGGCACCGGCAAAACGGACGGAGUGGAAGAAUCUCCUGCGGUCUUGGAGAACCCGAGGCUGGUCCAGAGCAGCAAACGGAAAAAGGUUCCGGUUACGGAUGAGCCUCGUAGCACGUGCAGUGAUGGAGACUUAAACUCUCGUCCUUCCUCAAAGGGAGAGAACAAAUUUCAGACACGAGCAUCUAGAAGUAGAAGUACAAAAGAAAAAGAUGCGAAAGGUACGUUAGUACUAGAUUUGGACAUCACGGGUGAUUCACGAUUAAACAAUCAAACACCAGCAGAAGGUCACACGUUGUCAGGAUCCACGACGAGGCCGAGUUCCCGAAGAACUAGACAGCGUAACAACAAUAAAGUAUGCGAGGAGAGGAAAUCUGAUAUCGUGGAUGAUGAAAGAGGGUGUGGCGAUGAAACAUCAGAUUCAAAACUGGUACGGAAAAACAUCCGUCAGACGAGACACAGAUCAGACGCGUCCGCAGCGAAAAACGUGCAGGUCAGGAAAAAGGAUUCGAGGAGAAUCAAACGAGUCAUGGACGCAUUCGAAGAUCAGGGGAUGUCCAUGUCCCUGACGCUGAAGGUCGGAUCGGGAGUGGGCAGAGAAAAGGAAGCGAACUCGAUCAUGACCUGCGGCAUCACGACAAUAGGAAGGAAAAUGGGAGAGGAAGUGAUGCUAGCGGACACUUCCUGUCCAUCCGGAGUGACACCUGAGGACCGCUUUUGUGCUGGGUUGACAUCCGGGCACCAGGCUGAACUAACGGCGUGGCAAGUGCGUUUGGACGGAACGGAAGCGCAGGAAGAGUUGGAACAGGAAGACGAGUUGAGACCAGCGCCCAUGUUGUCAGGUGGGCUCAAGCGCAGCCUGUCCUGCCCCGACAUCGCCUCGCUGCGGCACGGCAGCGACAGGCCCCUCUGUUAUCCUCCGUCUCCCCUGAAAAAGGAACCUCAUUUAAACGUAAAUGCCCCGUCUCCGGUCAAACGCGCCCGCAGACACACGGUGUGCAGUGUGGAAAUCGAGCGCGAGAUCGCCCCCUUGUGCCUCCGCAAGGAAGUUUAUCCGAACUGGGGCAACCAUCCGUACCCGCGCUCUCCCUCCAAAUCCUUGGCAACGCUCGUGUCCUGCUUCUUAUCGAGCCCGAUGGCGUUCCUGUCGAACAAAUCAGGCCGCGGACACGGAGGCGAUGACGGCGGGAACGGAGCCAGUAGUAGCGACUUCGCUCUCGCGACGUCUUCAUCGCCUUCUCCGCUGCCGCUCCGUUCUCCAGCGUCCUCCAGGAUGACGGACGGACCUACUUUGUUCGUCGAUGCUCCUCACACACCUGAGCAGUUGUCCGUGUCCUCACACUGCAGUAGUGUGUUUGAUUCCGUAUCGAUGGAGACUGAAGUUGCGCUUCGGCAGGAGAUCGACCAGAAGGAACGACGCUCGGCCGUGUCAGAAGAGAGAGCCUUGUCCGAUUCAGAGAUUAAGACCGACAGCAAGCAGCUGGAACGGAGAAAAGUGUCCUCCAUCCGCAUCCGCAAAACUCUCCCCAAACCCCAGUACAACCUCACUCCCAUGGGUCUUCCCAAAGCCGUCAGGGUAAAGAAAAAGGUUUUUAGUGUGGAGGAGAUCUACACCAACAAGAACUUCAGCAAACCUCCUGAAGGACGCUUAGAGACCGUAUUCGAAGCUCCUCUCAGCCGCCGAGACGGUUCCCAGUCCCUGAUCGGUCCGAAACGCCUAAAACGAUUUAUUGAGUUUCCAGAACUGGGCGUGGCCAGGAAGCCGAAGAGACCCCUGGUCGGUGGAGCCGGAGGGGGCGGAGCUCAACGAAAAGCGGCAGGGAACCCUGGGACGGGAAGAACCCGCAGGGGCAGGGAGGGAGAAGCUCCUAAAGACUUCGAUUCACUUCUGUGCUCGAAACUAAACGAGCUUGACUUGUGGAUGGAGAGGGAGCGGAUGAUGUACUGAACGUGUGUGUGUGUGUGUGGGCAUGCAGAAAUUUAUGUUUUUGUACUCGUGUACAGACAGAUGCUUGUACAGUUUUAAGUGUGUGUGAGGGAUUGAAGAGAGCACUUAACUUCACCUGAGACCUCUUCCAGACCCGCACAAAUUUUAAGGAUGCACUUGAUUACCAGCGAAUAACAGCGUUCGAUCCGUUUGUACGUUUAACGUUUGUAUCGUGCUGAAUUAAUUUUAUACACCAGAUAUCGCGGAUAAAGCGAACACGUGACUCACUAGCUGUUCACGCAGGCCAAGUUAUAGGAGCACUGUUGCUAGGCAACAGGGACGCAAGCGAUACGAAAUCGUGAAUGGCACGAGAGUGAGCGGUUUACACACUGAACACGGCAAAAUAGUACAAAAUAGUUCCCCCAGUCAAACAUCUUCGACUACAAGCGCUUUAACGUCCAUCCUCUUACAAGCGCGUCCAUUAGGUCGUCUCCGGAGGUCCGGCGUUUUAAAAACGGUUAACGAUCGAAUCCACACACAUCUGCUGUCCGUCACGUCACGGGCUGAUGAGCCUCAUCAGUUCGCUCGGUCUCUCAGGGUACUUCUGCGUGUCCGGGUUUAAUAUUCGUUUCUUAAUUUCGUGACCAUGUUUGUUAUUUGUAUAAAAGUUGUUUUUGUAAAAUAGUAAGACUGUUUGUUUAUAGUCUGAUAUCAGCUGAUCACUCGCACCAACCCGGCUGCUCUUCUGCAAUAUCUGAGGUUUGUCUCAAACCGCACACUGAACGAACACGCAUCACACCGUCCAUCAUGUCCUCAUGGGUCUAUAGCUGUCUUCUUCUUUGUAUAUGUAUACGCACACGUGUUAAAUAAUUCAUAAAAGCUAUAACGUGUAGCUAUAAGAACAUCCGUCCUGUACUGGUGAAAGUGAAUUGUUUUUCUAUGUAAUAUAAUAUUUUGUUUUGGUUUUUUUUAUGUUUAUACUUAUUAUUAAAUUGAACAGUUGCUUGUAAA